AGUGCCUAACCCUAACCUAAUGAAAAUGAUCGUAUCGAUUAAAAGAGAUGGAGUUAUAGAAGACUGGGCCAUUAUAGAUCUCCAAGGAGAUCUAAAAUUCGAAAAAUCUGAAAAUUUAGAUAAUCAAUUAAUCGGUGAUCUUCACUUUACAAAAACUGGAGUACCGAUUUUAAUUAUUGGAAUUCAUGUACUGCAUGGAAAAGAAGUGACACUUGAGAAACCUUUGAUUGUAUUGGAAAAGCAGCAUAGCAAUACAGGAGAUGAAAUAAUGGAAGAAGAAUCUACUGUAAAGACAGAGUAUAUUGUAAAAGCUAUUGUGAAGAAGAAACUAAUGUUUAAAUCAAGACCAAAACCUAUAGUAACUAAUGUUCCAAAACCUUGUUAAAAUAGAUCUAUUGUAUUUAUUCUUAUUACUUAAAUAAAUAAAACUUUUAUUGUA